AUGGCAACCGGAAUACGAAUUUCACUGCCUAAGGCUACAAUCCAAAAUAAUCAACUUAUCAAAGCUGUCGUCAUCACUUAUAAAACCCUUAAGGAAAUGAUACCUUCUUCAUCAGCUAACUCAAGCAACAUUAAUCCAGCUGGUAGUACUAUUCAAAUUAAUUCUCAAAUUAUUUCCAUAUCAUUCUAUCCUGAUCGAUAUGGAAAUCUCUCUCAUCCUGUUCGAAUAAUAUUUGAAAAUACAAAUACAAUUGAAAAUAAGAAUACAGCGAAAGAAAACGUCUGCGCAUUUUGGGCUUCGGCACCAAGUCAAUGCGGAUGGGAUUCAACAGGUUGCCGGACUGGAUCUGAAUCAAAUUCAACACAUACAGUCUGUUACUGUAGCCAUACUACUACAUUUUCCGUUAUAACAAGGGAUAAGUUGGUUCAGAGUCUUCAAAUUGAAGUUAUCACCUAUAUCUGUUGUGGAAUAGCCAUCGCAGUCUUGGCCCUGACCAUUGCUAUUUUUGUUAUGCAUUGGAAGGACGUCAAGAGCAUCGUAAAUGUCAUGAAUAUCAAUAUAUUUUUAUGCCUCCUGAUGAUUAACAUUUUGGUGAUAUCUGGAUUAACAGCGAUUUAUUGGAAGCCUCUGUGUGUUGCGAUUUCCAUUUUCUUGCAUUACAUCUUUUUGGCUGCCUAUUCUUGGUUAUUAAGAUGUGCUAUUUGCAUGCAUUAUCUAUUUGCCAAAAAUAAAUUGGCACCUGGUAGCAUUAUGGGAAAUUUUUUGACAUGCUGUAUUUUACCUGCAACCAUUCCAAUCCUAGUUGGGAUAAUACAAGUGUCCCGAUAUGGAUUUGAUGGAUAUCUAAGCCAUUACGCGUGUUGGUUAAGUACUACUCCACCUGUGGUUGUGACUUUUAUCAUUCCUAUGAUUUUACUAGCUUUGGCAGCACUCAUCUACAAUGUAUUAACUACAACAAGAGCUAGCAGUAACGCUAGAGUUGUUUACGAUUAUAAUGAUGAAGAGCUCGAGAUAAAUAGAAAAAAUUUUCGCCAAUCCUUCGUAGUCUUAGUGACUUUCAUUAUGACUAGUAUAUUGUUUGUGGCAUUUACAUCAACCAAAGAUAUCGUUUGUCAAUAUAUCUUUGCCAUUAUCAGUCUGAUUCAAAGCAUUUACAUCUUGCUUUUUUAUGCCCUUAAGAACAAAGAAAUACAAAUGGAUUGUAAAUCGAAGGCAAAAAAUCAUACAGCGUAUGAAUUAAAGCCAACUAAGGGCAAAUCUUCAUCACACUUAACGCCAGCGAAUUAUAACAAUUAUGAAGAUGUAGGUGAAGACGCAAUUUAUCAGGAGGUGGAUUAA